GCCUUGACGAGACUAUCUCAUUAUAUAGCGUGGCAUCCGACGCUUGACUCCGUACCGGGAGGUAACCGCGCUGAUUUCCAGCAUGCUUGUGCCGAACGUGCGGUGGACAGCGAUAGUCUUCAUCGGCGUCGUCGCAUCGCAGUGUUUAGCUCAUCUUCCGGAACAUCGUCGCGCGCCGGACGGUGAGGAGAGACGCAGGGCCGUCAGGUCCGUGGACCUGGGAAACGACGAAAGCCAGGACACAGAAGAACGUCAAGACUUGAAGACUGCCAUAGAAGAUGCGCUCGCGAAACUUAUGAAGAUGGCUCUUCCCUAUGUUCAGGAAUUAGCCUACGACGAGAACAUUGCAACGGAGUGCAUGAACAGUCUGUUUAAGGUCGGAGCUGGACUUCGACGUUACGACUUCUGGGCCCUCAAAUUCAUCGACUCCAUGGGGCGACCCCCCGCGGGUCUUCUGGAAUUCAGCACUGGAGCCAAUGGAGCCUACGACGAGUGCCGUUCCAUACGCGCACCCAAGGACGAGUCCGACGAAGAAGAUUUCCGCGGCCAGUACUGCACCAUUUACUUCAGACCCGACUCCAUCGACCAAUUCGCCAUUGGGCUGGUGGAAAAGUUCAUGUCCCAACACCCGCUCUUCCGCGUUCACCUUAAAAAUAUUGGCAAUCUUACGGAGUUCCUCGCCAGGAUUCAAGGCAUGAACGAACUCCCUUCAGAUCCGAGACUGACAGACGCAGUCGGCGGGAUGCCUCUGUCCGUUUGUGUGCCUUCCAAGUGCUCGCCCCAUGAUUUGAGGUACAUUGCUGAGAAGUUCGUCAAGAAGUACGGGAUAAUCGUGAGCGUUAAAGGGUGUACUGUGGACAAGCCAGUUCAACUGACAACGGUCCAGGUGGCAAUGUUUGCUUUGCUCGGCCUCUUGUGUUUUAUGGUCGGGAUUUCUUCGGUAAUUGACAUCUACAUACGGGAGAGAAGGUACGAACUGCACGUAAAGCCACGACAAAGACCACUCCCACUGAGGAUGUUAUUGGCCUUCUCGGCUGUGACGAACACCGAAAUUUUGAUGAAAACCAAGACCGAACCCAACAGCAGCGCUCGCAGGCUGCGCUGUCUUCACGGGAUUAGAGUCUUCAGUUUCCUCUGGGUCCUAAUCGGACAUAGCUAUAGCUCCCACAGUCCCAACUUCAUAGGCAGAGGAAUAGGAGCGCUGGAAGCGAUCAGCGAUGUCUCCUUCUCGCUCAUAAUGAAUGGCUUUCUUGCACUGCAAACAUUUUUCUUUAUCGGCGCAUUCUUAGUCACGCAAGGAAUGAUCGCCAACCGUCAUGUCCCAUUCUUUAAAUCCAUUCCUCUGGCGAUCGUUCGGAGAUACAUCAGGUUGACAGUGCCAGCCCUGUUCUUCGUUGGUCUCUUUUUCUUGUACCCGCUCGUGGUGACGGGCCCGACCGUUGACGAGCUCCUUUGGGUUAUGGUGGAGAACUGUGCGAACUACUGGUGGGACUCAAUCACCUAUACAAGCAACUACAGGGAGAUGACAAAAAUUUGUAUGCCGCACCUUUGGUACCUGAGCGCAGACUACCAGUUGUUCCUGCUCCUGAUUGUAUUCGCGGCCCUAGUAGCAUUGAAACCAAAGUACGGCGUUCCAGCCACGGCAGCUAUAACGGCAGCAUCCGCCAUCGCUCUUUUCCUGCAAUCGUACCUCAACGACUACGGUCCCCUUGUAAUCACUACACGAAGGGGCAUCAACGAAACCACACAAGCCUACGAGAACAUGUACCAGAAACCUCUGACGUAUCUGCCAACGUUCGCAAUGGGCAUCCUGUGUGCCUACAUUGUCAACAGGCAUAAGGAUUUUCGAAUUGGAACGGUCCUCUACUACGCGACGUGGGCACUUGCUUGGCCAGCAGGCCUCGCAAUCCUGUUUUCAACGUACGGGUGGAACAAUGGCGCCCCCUACACCAACUUUACAAGCGCUUUUCACUUCAUUGGUCACCGUAUUGGUUGGGGACUCUGCCUCACCUGGGUUAUCUUUGUCUGCAGUACGGGACAAGCCAGAUGGGUAAAUGGGUUACUCAGCCACCCAUUCUUUGUUCCCCUGAGCAGGCUGUCGUUCGCCGGCUAUAUGCUACACGUGCUUGUGAUUGCCGUAAGGCCGCUAUCAUCGAGAAUGAACUUGUACUUGGAUCACUGGACCAUGGUGAGGGACUUCUUCGGACAUUCUGCGAUCACCAUACUUGUCGCCUACCUAUUCUUCCUCGUCUGCGAGUGUCCCACAGUGAACCUAGACAAGAUCAUCUUUGACCGUGCUGUCCCCAAAGACAAAAACGUACAGCCGAACAGUGUGCAACUUGACGAGAAGAAGACAGUGCCAAAGACUGUAUCCAAUGGAAGCACGGUGACCAGCUACGCCAACGGAGUGACCUGCUGCCACUUGUGACAAGAUAGCCCGAGGACCUACAGUGAUAGUGCGAUAAGCAUCGCGCGUUUAAGUUAUAUUUCACCCGAAGAACUCAAGUAAUGUUGAUGAAUGUCAUUCGCGCGCGUCUCCGUGCUGUGAAGGAGAAACGCUGCAAAGUCAACAAGUUGCUCAAGAGUGCACAAUCGAAACUCUGUAUGCAAUAAGGGGAUAACACGGUGCCUACCAACCUGGAAAACCGGGAACUGUCAGGGAAUUUUGAUACGACUGGAAAGCUCAGGGAAUUUGUCAGGGAAUCUGCCAAAAAAAGCAGCUGAAGUCGAGGGAAAUUGCAGACAAGCGCCUUGGCGAUGCGCAAGUGCCGAUGAGUUUUUGAGUGGCCACGUCGCAGCAACGUUACCGUGAUAAUAGCAAUUCGCCAAUACGACUAGCUCAGAGGCAGAAAAGUUGGGAAGCCUCAUUGAUACUGAAUAUAUGACCCGUUUUAUGAGGGGUCUGUAUCAAAACGUAGUAGCCGGCGCCAAGUUCCCUUUUGUUUCGGUCAGGGUAUUCGCUUCAAAUGGUCACCUGUUCCCUCGAUAAGCCGAAAAAUAUCAAACCGAGGAAACUCCAAGUGAACACUGGGUCUCCCCGAAUAACGCAAAUGCAACUGUAGUAUAUGUCCUGUUACCACCGUUUCCUGGUGUGUGAUUAUACCGUUAUAAGCGUGACAUAUCUCCUUUUUCGCUUCUCGAGUGGAAGUCAAAGCUCCUGUCCGCAUCGUAGCGAAGUUUAAGCUAACCAAUUAGCAUGCGUGUGUAGAAAAGAGGCCUGAUCUGACUGUGUCCCAUUGGCACACAUGUAUUUGCCGUCUCUUACCCAGCUGUAGCGGGCCAGUAAAUUACAAUACGGUUCUAAAUUUUCUUUGACAAGUACAUACGUAGAUGUCAUUGCAGCCAAAAUACUAAAAAGGGGAUAAGUCGAACGACUUAUGUCCUGAUUGCAUACAGAGAUUCAAUUUCUCGAUGGUGGUUGUGAUAAUGUAUAAAGCUAGGUUAUAACGACAGUGCCGCAUGUUUCUGUAUAAAGCACUGACUGCGGUGCCACGGGGAGUGUCUCUUAAUGCUCGUUGAAACCCUGGGCAUGUACAUAUGUGCCCCUGCAUCCACCACGUCACCCUCUCAAAGAGCAGUGGAUACAAUACUCUUCGAGAAGGCAGCACGUUACACGCUAGGUGGCGCUGCCGGUGUAAUUCCCCCGACGUCGGCCCAGGAUGCAGACUCAUACUAACCCUACUGUCGCCCACUCCUUCUCGCUGUUCCCUCUCUCCAUCUGUCCAUAUCUGUACGCCGCUCAUUGCCACAGAUGAUUCGCGGCGCCCACACGGAAUGGUCCUUUUUCACAUAGGCGUCGGUGUCCUAGCGGCUCUCCAGCGAACCACGCUCGGCACGCAUCAAAACGAAUCCACUGGGUAGCACAAAAGACCAAAACCGGUCCGGAGUGGGACCGACGAGCUCGCGCCGUUCGUGCGGUCUCCCCACUGGUCGCCACUUCUGUCGUCCCCAUACUGCGCCAUCUAGUGAAGACGGAGAUAACCCUGUCUGCGCCUGAAUGUCAUGCGCAUGCACAUUCCAAAUUCCAAAGCAUUCGCCUGAUUGCUGUGACGUUUCAUCCAAUAAUGCGUGUGGUGUUGCACAGAACCAUAUGAUGAACUCUUACUUUUAAGUUAACUUAAGCAUGAUAAGUUUGUCAGAAAAAAAGCACUAGCGUUGAAUACCGGCUGAGGCAGAUUGACAUCGUCAUCAGCGUCAUCUAUGCCCGGACCGGUACGGUGUAUGGUACAGACUGUCUUCUGCGAGAUGCUCAUGGAUGUACCGUCAGAAAUAUCCCUGUCAACCACCGUGCUUUCAUGAAUGAAUGUAUAUUUAUGUAAAUAAAAGAAAAUUCAGUUGUGAA